AUUCUCGUUAAUUUCUUUUUGCAGGCAUCAAAUGAAACGUUAUGUGACCUUUCAACAUUAACGGAAAAGCUUCCCGUCACAAGUUCAGAAGAGAACGAAAGUCCAGAAGUCGUGAUAAAGCCUACCAAGUGCUCAUUUGAAAAGAAUAUUUCUCACGAACAUCUUCUGUACAACGUGACCAUUUGCGACAACAGGGAAUAUGUCCUUAAUGCGUGUUCCACGAAGAAUCCAAUACAACAGAUAUCUGUUCGCCACGUGGAGUGCACGUGCUCGUGUGAGGCGUGCAAGACAUUGCACUUGCCCAGUGCGUGCGUGUCACCCGAAGUGAUCAAAGAAAUUUCAGAGAAAUGUGAAGGGAAAGCCUCGUGCAAAGUGAAACGACCAGAUGUACUUUGCGACUCUCAACGCGUAAUGGCGAUUCACAUAUCCUAUGUAUGCGACAGCCAGAACAAGGAACAAGAGGGGCGUAAGGAGGAAAGUGACGAAGAGGAUGACAAAGAUUAUGAAGAGAGUGACGACAAAAAUGACGAAGAUUACGAAGAUGACGACAAAGAUGACGAAGAUGAAAAAGAUGACGACAAAGAUGACGAAGAAGAUGGCAAAGAUAACCAAGAUGACGAAGAUGACAAAGAUGACGAAGAGGACGACAAAGGUAGCGCAGAUGACGACAAAGAUGACGACAAAGAUGACAAAGAUGACGAAUUAGAUCACAAAGAUGACGACAACGAUGACGAAGAGAAUGACAAAGAUAACAAAGAUGGCGAAAAGUAUGACGAACUGUAUGGCAAAAAAAAUGAGAAAUAAGAUGACAAAGAAGACUGAGAGGGA